GCCGAGUCACCGCCCAGUGAAUCUCUCUCUCGACUCUCGAGUCCGGAGUAAACCCCCAAAAAAGCGCCGAUUCCUCUCUCUUUCUCUCUCCUUUUCCUUUUUCUGUUUUUCUUUUGCCUUUUUCGCUUUAUUAUCAUUUUCACUCCUCGCUGUUACUAAGUUUCGCGUGCUCUUCUCGAUUCUUCUUCUCGUACCCAUAAUACGAUAUUGAAGAGCUCGCGAGUCCAGAUCGAAACCGAGGGUUUUGAAGAAGUGGAGAGAGAGAGAGAGAGAGAGAGAGAGAGAGGAUGGCGUGUUUGCACGAUCACAGCUGCGAGGAUCACAACUGUUCCUCGGAUUUCUCUCUGUACAAGCACAUCGACUUCUCUAAGGUCAUAGCAUUGAACGAAUCCGUCGCCGGGAGUGUAAAGUCGGUUUUUAAGGCAUGGGAGCGACGAUUGGAUACCUCAGAGGGCCUUCUGGAGAGCAAUGAGGAUGAUCCUGAGUUAAUUGUUUUUAUUCCGUUUACAUGCGACGUUAAGAUAAAGAGCAUUGCUGUCGUUGGUGGUAGUGGCGGAACGAGUCCUUCUAAAAUGAGAGCUUUUAUAAAUCGAGAAGGGAUCGACUUUUCUGAUGCUCAAAAUAUGCAGCCUGUGCAGGAGUGGGAGCUGACAGAGAAUUUGCAAGGAGUACUCGAGUAUCAGACAAGGUUUUCAAGAUUUCAAAGUGUGGCUAAUCUCACUCUUCAUUUUCCUGAAAAUUUUGGCGGUAAUACAACUCAGAUAUAUUACAUUGGUUUGCGGGGUGAAGCGACUCAGUUGAGAAGGGAUGUUGUGGCAACAAUAGUAUAUGAGGUUAUGCCUAAUCCAUCCGAGCACAAGACCAAAUCUGAUUCCGGUGGUGGUCUUUCACAUAUCGAGUAGGAUUAUCAGAUAUUAGCGAAACUUCGGAUUGCCGUUUCUUGUUAUCUGCUAUGGCAUCUGUGCGCUCCAUCUUCGUCGAACAAGAAUGUUGCUGAUGUUUAUUUUUCAAAUUAAGCUAAUCUUCUUCCGUCCUUUUCAGUUGGUUGCGUGUAAGCAUGACGGAUAAUUAUGUCUAUAUUAACUCUCUGACGUACUGAGCUUAUAAUUUAGCUUCUCUCUCUCUGUCUCUCUCUUUGCUGUGUAUUGGUCUGUACCUAGAGGGAAAUGUGAUGUGCUUGAUGUUGUGAUGGUAAAUGCAAUCAGGUUGAAUCGUAGGUGCAUGAAAAUUGCAAAAUAAGAACCAUCAACAAUGUCCAACAAUCUCUAUUAAAUCUGUUUUCUAAGCUAAA